AUGAACUCAUCUUUGUUCCUUGCGUACGGAGUACUGCUCACAGCAGCAUCAGGCAUCGUGUAUCUUGGAAGUAUGGCAUCUCUGCACACGCCAGUAUCGACAAAAGCGCUGCGAAAGCAGCAGGGACUCAAAGAGACGGACGACGAGGAGGACGACUUGUCUCAGGGCGUGUCGUCUGAAGGUGCAUGGGUAUUUCCACUAUUAGGAAGUAGUGUACUCGUGACACUUUUUCUUGCGUUCAAAUAUCUUGACAAGGACAAAAUUGUCCUGCUUGUCAAUGGAUACUUUGCGCUAGCUGGUAGCUUGGUGAUCCCGUCUGUGCUAAUCCAUCUGUAUAAGAUGGGUCGCGGAGCGCACUCGCUCGAUGCGUGGACAAACCAGGUGCUCUCAUGUAACCUGGACCUUUCCUGGAAAGGCAAUGCAAAGUCCACAUCCCUGAUUGACUUCCACAUGAAAUGGAAUCGGAUGAUGCUGUACUUACUGGGUGUCGUAAUUGCACUCAUGGCUGUCUAUCUGUACACGAAGCACUGGAUUCUUGCGAAUGUCAUUGCUUUCUGCUUUGCUAUCCAGGGCAUGAUGCUCAUUUCUCUUGACACAUUCAAGACAGGUGUAAUUCUUUUGGGUGGUUUGUUUCUCUAUGACAUAUUCUGGGUGUUUGGCAGUUCUAAAUUCGCUGGACAGUCUGUCAUGGUUCAUGUAGCGACAAACUUUGAUGGGCCGAUCAAGAUCCUUUUCCCCCGCAAUGCAUUAGAGGUCUGGUCUGACAUGUCACAGCACGGAUUUUCAAGUGAGGUCGCAUUCAAAUUCUCAUUACUUGGUCUGGGCGACAUUGUUGUUCCAGGUGUUUUUGCAGCUCUUGCACUCGCGUUCGAUCAGCACCAUGCCUCUAUGAAAUCUCCCUCACUCUCGUUCGAUCGUUUUAACUAUCGAUUCAACAAACCAUAUUUCAACGCCUGCUUCGCUGGAUAUGUGCUGGGUCUUAUGAUGACGAUGGGCAUUAUGCAUGUUUUCGAGACGGGUCAACCUGCACUGCUUUACCUUUCGCCCUCAUGUUCGCUGUCUGUUCUGCUCGUUGCAUGGUGUCGAGGCGAGUGGAACGAGCUUUGGUCUUGGGUCAACCCGGCCUCACAGGAACCGGAGAAGCCUGUAUCCAGUGAAGCUGUGAAAAAGCAAGACUAA